AAAGAUUGCCCGUGCCCUUGUCCUAUCAGCCGCGCACUAUCUGACUUGACUGCCUGUGCUGUGUGCUGGACAGGGAAGCCGAGGCUUGUACAUUGUCGUGCUGUAAAGGUCAGGUCUCUUCUCCGUGGUAAAAAUGAUGGCAGCGAGGUUUCUCCUUCGUCGCGCGGCCCCUGCGUUGAGACACGCGCGCUGUUAUGCCGAAGCGGCUUCUUCCUCCGCUGAAAUGUCCUUCACUUUUGCAUCGCCGACACAGGUGUUCUUCAAGGAAGCCAGCGUAAAACAGAUUGACGUCCCAACACUGACUGGAGCCUUUGGUAUCCUGCCAGCCCACGUCCCCACACUGCAGGUCCUCCGGCCCGGCGUAGUCACCGUCUUCAAUGACGACGGUUCCUCUGCUAAGUAUUUCGUGAGCAGUGGAUCAGUCACCGUUAAUGCUGACUCUUCAGUGCAGCUGCUGGCGGAGGAAGCCGUUCCUCUGGACAACCUGGACCUAGCAGCGGCGAAAGCGAACCUUGAGAAAGCCCAGUCAGAACUGAUGGGCGCUUCAGAUGAGGCAGCCCGGGCAGAGGUUCUGGUCAGCAUAGAGGCAAACGAGGCAAUCGUCAAAGCGCUGGAGUAAACCACUUGUGCUGUUGGAAAUUCUGUCGGUGUGUAAAAGUCUCCGGCUUUGUUUGUUCCCCACCUUACCCCAUUGAAGUCAGAAACCUGCAAGACUGCUUGCUUUGUACAGUGGAUGAAAUUAACAAUAAAUUUAUUUGAAAUAACA